CGUUUACUUUGCGUUACGUUUUGUUUGUAUUUCAUUUCUUCUUUUAAUUUAAUAAUUAUCCUGAAUGUCCGUGUAACAAAUAAAUAUGGCAAAUCAGGAGAUAAGUCUCAAAUGGAAUGGCUAUCAAAAUAAUAUAUUAACAAACGUGAAAGAACUCUAUAAAGACGAAGGUUUAUCUGAUGUGACGUUGGUUUCCGAGGGUCUCAAUUUUAAGGCUCACAAAGUGAUACUAUCCGCAAACAGUUCUGUUUUCAGGUCUAUAUUUCAGCAAAACCCCCACAAGGAUCCAAUUAUAGUCCUUCACGAUAUUAACGCUGCAUCCUUGAGGACCCUGUUGACGUUUAUGUACAAUGGUGAGGUGAAUGUUACUGAGGAAUUUUUGCCGGUUUUGUUAAAGACAGCAGAGACAUUGAGGAUCUGUGGUUUGUCUACAGGCAGCGAAGCGACGCGGGAUGACGAGAAAAUUGUACCUUCAACACAAGCAAAGAAACGCAAGAAAAGUGAACAUGAAGACAACAAUAAUAGAAGUAAAAAGUCUGCGCCCACCCCUAAAAGUGAUGCUGUGAUCAAUCUUAGUGCUAGUUCAGAUCUUAUCCAAAAUUCUAAUAUUGUACCAAAAGUAGAACCCAUAGAUUCCCCACUAACAGAUUACUCUGGGGAGAAUACAAAUGACACUGACAUAGCUUUACUUGAGGACAACCUUGAAAGAAAAUAUUCCAUAAACUCGGACACAUUCUCCAACAAAUCAAUAUGUAUGUCGGGCAAUGAUCGUAAUGUUAAAAAAUGGAUAAAUGAAGUAAGUAGUACACAGCCCUGUUUAAAUAUAGGCAAUGAGAAAAUCAAUGGAAUUGAUUCUAACGAUGAUGAUAAGGAUAGUAUCGAGAUUGAUAAGGAAGUUGAAACUGUACUGCAAAGUGGCACAAUAGUUGAAUCAUUGAGUAUAACGACAGAAAAUCUAAAUUCUAUUUCCAGUGAAGCUCAGAUAUGUAAAGAUAAAAACACUUGCUAUGCAAACCCAUCAUUUCCAUGCCCCUUUUGUCCUCGUGUCUACAAUAGUUGGGGUUAUAGAAGGAGACAUGUAAAGUCCAGGCAUAUGACAAAUAGGUUAUCCUGUAAAUGGUGUGUCUCAGUGCUGGCUUCGACUGGAGCUUGGUACACACACGCCACUCGCGCCCACGGAGUACCACACGAGGAAGCUCGCAACUCUCUAGUCGUGAUGGUGGAAGCUCAUGCUGUCCUCACCCUCAACGAGCCCAGCGUGGCACAAUUGUUGGGCCAAGUUGGUAUGGCUGAAGGUACGAAUACCGAGAAGAGUAAUUAGGUUUGCUAUUGAUAUUUGAAUGCAGUGUGCAUUUAUUUUGAGUGAGUUUUAGCCUUUUUGAGGCAUUUAAUGUUAAGAAGGUUUUGCGGGAAUGCCAAGUGAAUCAUGAAUCGAUGAAUGAAUUUAGAGCUUCUUUUUGAGGUUUUCUAAAUAAUAACAAUCACGCUAGCAAUCUGUUGGUUUUAAGGUGACUUAAGAGCGUUCGUAACUUUAGCUUGUCGAAGUGUAGCAAUGAUGCAAUUAUCUAUUGUUAUUGCUAUUAUCUUUCUUCUUUCUCACAGAAAUGUAAUCCCUUUAAGGGAUAAGUCCAUUGGUGUACAUUUUUGUUAUAACCUAAUUUCUAUAUUAAAAGUGUAUACACAAUAGCAUAAAUAAAUUUGUAAAUUUUCAGAAAGUGUUUAAUAUUUUUCAGUGUUUUUGACUAGUCUAAAAAGGUCUCUGCUAGCGAACGUUAAUUAUGCAAUCAUAUUCCUAUAAUAAUAAUAAUAUUUCUUUAUAGAUAACAAAGAUCCAUUCUUGUUAGUAACAAUUGACUUAAACUAUGUUAUAAAAAUACCACUGAAAAUUUAGAUUCGAGUGGAAAUAAUGUGUUUGAAAAAUUCCAAAGCAAAAUAUGAAGUAGGUGCAAAGUUUUUUUUUUUGGUAAAUUUAUAUGCAACAUAUUCUAUGACUAACGUUUUAGUUCGCUUUUUAAAUUAUUUUUAAAUAAUUAAUCAGAAAUAUUGAAAAAUGUUUUUUUUUAAAUUGACGAUGUUCCCAUAUUUCUGUAAACUAAAGUUAUGACCGCUUUUAAGGCAAUCGUUUAUCUAUAAUGUGACAAUACACAGACAGAUCUGUAAUGUCAAACAUACUGUAAUAUUUUACAAUCUUUACUUGGAUAACUAAAUAGUAUUUAAUAGAUCUGGGAAAUUUUGUACAUGUUUCUUAUUGGUUAUUUACGUUUUCUUCUAAAAUUCUUCUAUCUACAUUUUCAUGCACCAAUCUAGUCUUUUGGAAAUUAAGCUUUUAUUGAAAUUGCCUUUCAAAAAGUAGUAUUUUGAUAUUUUCAGUGUGAUAUUAUAUAUCGAGCCAUUAUAGUUGUACAUGACAUACUUCUUAAUUCUGUAAGGCGAUUUUAUAAUUUCAUAUAUAUCGUAGCAUUUCAUCGUACGAUUUUAUGAUAAAAUAACAAAUAAAAAUACAUGCAAUUGUAUGAAGAUACGCUUUUAAUUUUCCAUGUAUAUCCACGAAAUCGGUAUAGAAGAAUCGUCUAAGGAAAAUUUACAUUUUCCUGAGAAAUUAAAAUUAAUCAUAAAAUCGACCAUUGUCAUUCCUUCUAUGAUACAAUCGUUCCGUGCAUGCUCACGAUAUCUGAAUAUUAAAUGCAUCUUCAUACAACGGCGUACAUUUUGUUGCAAAAUAAAGUGCAUCACACUGAGUAUCGUUUUUUUUUGGCAAUAUACGAGAAAUCUGUAUUUCUUUUAAAUGGCUUCAUGCUAUAUAUGAAUGAUUGUACUACUGAUUCCGUAAUUGUAUUAAGUUACGUUGCAAUAUGCAAAAUGGUGUCGUAUACACAGUGGCAUUUCAGUAUGCAGCGUGGCCUUGCAUUAUUAAGUAGGACGAGAGUAACUUAUUUUCUUUAGAAAGUCAAAAUUAUAUAACAUUGAGUGAAGUCAUUCCACAUUAAAUGUGGUAUUUUUUAUCGACGUUAUUUAGCAACUGCUAACUA